AUGUUCAGGCUGCCGAAUUACUCUGCACCGCGUGGUGAAAGCAUCGCGCUUUCGCCAUACCCCGCCACGUCUAAGAGCAAUGUCUACGCCGAAGAGAAGGACCCUUUCGAUGCUCUACGGAGAGCAAGUGCGACGAGCGAAGAGACAUAUUCAGACGAAGCUUUAUCACCUACCAGCACAUGGUCGAAUUCCACGCGCCCGAAUAGCAGCCCUUCUCCCUAUACUCCGCAAAUCCCUGUACCACGAGUAAUAGCACCAAGCCGUCGUCAAAUGAUCAAAUCAAAGACCUUUCCAGCUCCUGAACGCAUACCACGAUCUACCGGAAUCACAUCAGAAAGGCUGGAAAGCAUACUCCCAGACCUACUACCUCUGGACGAUGAAUCAAAAACACUAAGACUCCAAGCCCCCUUCAUAUACGAGGCACAGUCACGAAACCUACCACAAUACCAACUACAACAAACACUAGACCGAAACAGUGGCCCCUCAACCCUGCUCAACAUCCGCCGCCGCAGGAUCGGCGCAUACGCUACAAUGAAGAGGGAACAUUGUACACAAUCUCAGACUUCGACAUGA